AUCUUGUCAAAACAUGCCAAAAAAAAAAACGAAGUAAAAUUUCAAAUAAUAAUAUCAUAAUUCCGGCCCAUUUACCAACAAUAAAAGCAAUAAAAGAUAAUAACGAUUUCAAUUAAGCUAACUGAGUUUGCUAGGGUCGCACUAUAGGUCCCCCCGAAAGAACCGUAUGUUUUCUUCCCACAAGGAAAAACAAGAAAAAAUAGGAUUUAAACGACGCAAUGGCAUCUCUUCACGAUUUAUUCGAUCAUGGCUAAUCGUCUGGAUAAUAAUAAUCACUAUUGGCACUAUAAUAUAUUACCUGCAGGACCAUAAAGGUAACUCUGCCCCACACUCCCUGCGACACUUUGCCAAAGAACUAAAUCAACAUGCCAAACCCACCUCUGCUACAUCAAGAAAUUUUUGUGAAGUGAUACAUAUAGGUCUUGUCAUUGCCGGAUAUAAGUCCAAUGUUUACUUUCAUGCCUUACUAAAAAGCUUAUUUAUGACCAGGUCCAAUCCUAUACAUUUUCAUUUACUUGUCACCAAUGAUUCGGACACAGUAUUAAGGUUGAUGUUUGACACUUGGAAGGUGCCGCAAGUGAAUUUAACAUAUUACAACCUCAAUCCUUGGUUGAAACAUGUGAGAUGGGUGCCAAACGGGCACUAUUCUGGCAACUACGGCCUAUUGAAGUUGAUCUUUAAUAAAGUGAUUCCAGCAAGUGUGACAACCAAACUGCUGAUAUUGGAUACUGACAUUAUCGUUAACGAUGAUAUUUUUUAUUUGUGGAAGUUUUUUGAGGAGUUCAAUCAGAAACAGGCAAUAGGGAUUGGUGAAAACCAAAGUCCUUACUAUACAGGCCAAUUGAACCAAGCAAGACCAUGGCCUGCAAUAGGAAAUGGUUUCAACUCUGGAGUCAUGCUGUAUGACUUGGAAAAGUUAAAUGUGAGAGAAUGGGACGAUACCUGGAUGGACUUGACCAAGAGGUACACACUGAUUUAUGGUGAGACUGAUCUAGGUGACCAAGAUAUCAUAAAUUCAGUAAUAGUAGAAAACCCUACGAUGGCAUAUAAGUUGCCGUGUUAUUGGAACACUCAGAUGAGCGGGUAUUCGACCAGUAGCAGCUGCUACAGUAAAUAUAAACCUAAGAUUUUGCACUGGAACUCGCCUCAAAAGUUCUCGGUGGGCACCAAAGAUGGGGAUUUAUUCAGGGGGAUCGCGAAUAUGAUUUUCGAAGUGAACGGCAACUGGUUCCGUGAUUUUCCGAGACUGUGCCCCAACGACUUGCAAGCACCCUUUAGUAAUAUCCAAAAAGACGAUUGUGAAACAUAUAUAAAAUCACCAGAUACCACGUAUCGCACCCUACUGUUCUUUAUGGAGCACAAGUUUAUUACCGAUAAUUGGGAUAUCACGUGGGUGACGCACAUGUCUUACGACCGGGUGAACCUUAUGGAAAAUGUCGCGAAAUAUUGGACGGGACCUAUAAGUUUUACAUUGUACGUGACCGAUGAGGAAUUGGUGAAAUGUAUGAAGUUGAUUGCAGGAUCUGAGAUUUUAAACAGGCGCACUGAUAUCGCGUAUCAUGCUGUUUUUAGGCAAGGGGAAUUUUACCCAAUAAACGUGUUACGAAACACCGGCCUAAAACACGCGAAAACCCCAUACUCCUUCAUAGUGGACGCCGAUUUUAGACCGAUGAAAUCCCUGUACGAGAUCCUCAAAGACAACAUAAGCAGUAUGGGUAAUUUAACGAAAAAAGCUCUCGUUAUUCCAGCAUUCGAGGCAACGAAACCCAAGAUAGAGUUGCCCGAAAGUAAAAUUCAACUGCUGGAAUCCUUAAGGAAGAAGGAGGUGCAGCAGUUUUUGGUUGAAACUUGGGGCCAGGGGCAUGGUCCUACGGAUUAUAAUAAAUGGAUAGAGGAAUACGAGCCGUAUAAAGUAAAGUGGCAAUUACAUUACGAACCUUACAUAGUAGUAAAAAGCGACGUGGUGCCGUACGACGAGCGAUUUUUAGGCUUCGGCUGGAACAAAGUGUCGCACAUAAUGGAACUGGAGGCGCAAAACUACGAAUUCGUCGUUUUGUCCGACGUGUUUAUCCUGCACGAACCCCACGGCACCAGCUUCGACAAUAAACAGUACCAAAACUCACCGGAAUAUCGAAAGUGCGUUCAGACUUUAAAACGUCGUUUUAUCGCUGAUCUAUCAAAAAAGUACAACCGAAACUUUACGGAUCCCACUUCUGAUUAUUUAGUGAGAAAGAAACGGGAAAUUCCGAAAGAAAGCACGACUAGUGUAUACGAUAGUACCGAUCACUUUUUAGUGUGGGGCGGCAAGGAAAAGGCCGAAAUGAAGAAGGAAACGCGUAAAAAACAUUUUCGCAAAGAAGAGGGUCCCCCUUUGGCAGAGGACUACGUGUAUUACGACGCCAAAACCACUGAGGAAGAAAAAGUGAAAUCCAGUGAGGAGCACGACUACGAAUACAACGAGGAGGAGCGCAAGUUUAAAAUGAGCCACGAUAGUACCACCACAGUCACUUUUAAUGAUGCCGUGACGAUUUUAAAUGAGGCGGAUUUGGUUCUGCAUGAGACAGACGAAAGUGAGAAUCCCAAGAAGGACGAAUAGUCUGGGAGUUUAACGAAUUACAAUAAUUUUUAUGUUGAAACUUGAAGAAUAGUAAUUAAAGUGAAAUACAUCAAAUUUCGUGUACGAGUGGAAUUUGUUAAUCGCGAGUUUGGACCAGAAGAGUAUUCCUAUUCCCUGUGAUCCCAAGAAUUAUUUUAAAUAUGUAUUGAGAUGUUUUUAUUCGUUUAAAAUUACCUACUGUAUAUUUAGUUUUAUUUGCAGUAUUAAUUAUAUAUAAUAAAGACGGCUUAUUUGUUAAAA